AAAACUCGGCAGCACGAAAUCGGAAGCUCCAUUCUCGACAGGGACACCUCACCACUGUAUACGUAUUUAUUACUAAUUUCCAAAAUAAUCGUUCAUCAUUGUACAUUUACUCGAACGAAAGACACGUGUCCUGCGUCCAGCAUAUUCUGUGCAGAAGAAGAAAAGGCAGUAAUCACUCUGUUUUGCUGUUUGCAUCUGAGAAACUUCCCGGCGCGGCGCACCUCCGUACCUACCGCCGUAUGAUCGGAGCUUAUUAAUCGAGGUGAUUAAGUGGAAAAAAGAUUCUAAACUCUACAUUUCGGUAAUCUUGGAGAAUAGUUUUGCUGCACUUUUAGCAUGUGGGGAAUACAAGGCGAGGGUAAUUCAAUAUAUAAGCGAAUGCCGUCGAGAGAUUAUACAAAUACAGCUGAUUUAGAAGAUAAUUCAGCUCUUGUACAUAACAAUAUGCAUGCACAAGUUACGAAUCCUUCAUGGAGUCUUUCUUUUCCACAUGUACUGGUGGCAACCAUAUCAUCUUUCUUAUUUGGCUACCAUCUUGGUGUGGUGAACGAACCACUUGAACACAUCUCAUUUGAUCUUGGAUUCAAUGGAAAUACCUUAGCAGAAGGAUUGGUGGUCAGUACAUGUUUAGCUGGUGCCUUUAUUGGAUCCUUGUUCAGUGGCUGGAUUGCUGAUGGGAUUGGGCGCCGUAGGGCUUUUCAGUUAUGUGCUUUGCCAAUGGUUAUCGGUGCUUCUGUAAGUGCAACAACAUCUACUUUAGCUGGCAUGCUUGUUGGAAGGUUUAUAGUUGGGUUGGGGCUGGGCCUUGGUCCUCCAGUUGCAGCUCUUUAUGUAACUGAGAUUUCUCCUGCUUUUGUAAGGGGAACUUAUGGAAGCUUCAUCCAGAUUGCAACCUGUCUUGGACUUAUGGCGUCUCUGUUCAUCGGAAUACCUGUCAAAGAAAUUGCUGGCUGGUGGCGCAUUUGUUUCUGGGUAUCUGCAAUUCCCGCUGGAAUACUUGCUUUUGCCAUGAUGUUUUGUGCAGAAAGUCCACAUUGGCUAUACAAGCAAGGAAGAAGUGCAGAAGCUGAAAUUGAAUUCGAGAAACUUUUAGGCGGAAUGCAUGUGAAAUAUGCAAUGCAAGAGUUAUCCAAAGUUGAUAGAGGAGAUGAUGCAGAUAACGUGACUUUGUCUGAGUUGCUUUAUGGCCGCCAUUUUAGAGGUAGACACUCAUUUUAUUUUUUAAUGUGGGCAUGUAUUCUUCUUGUUGCAUGUCUGAUUUUAGCUGCUGUUGCCAUCGGGUCCUCUUCUUCUGCAUCUUAUCUCUUCUCUUCCUGCACUAUUUUCUUUAGGCUUUGUUAUUCACGUGUUCCUUUUGCAGUUGUUUUUAUUGGGUCAACCCUAUUUGCUUUACAACAGCUAUCUGGUAUAAAUGCUGUCUUUUAUUUCUCUUCAACUGUGUUUAAAAGUGCGGGAGUACCAUCAGACGUGGCAAAUAUCUUCGUUGGUGUUGUAAAUCUAACAGGAUCCCUUGCCGCAAUGGUGUUGAUGGAUAGACUUGGAAGGAAGGUGUUGCUUCUUUGGAGCUUCUUUGGAAUGGCCGUAUCCAUGGGCAUUCAAGUUACUGGGGCAAGUUCUUAUAUGGCGGGAUCUGGUGCUUUGUUCCUAUCUGUUGGUGGUAUGCUGAUGUUCGUCUUCACGUUUGCUCUAGGAGCUGGUCCAGUUCCAGGUCUCCUCCUACCAGAAAUCUUCCCUAGUAGAAUCAGGGCAAAAGCUAUGGCUGUCUGUAUGUCGGUGCACUGGGUGAUCAAUUUCUUUGUGGGAUUAUUAUUUUUGCGUUUGCUGGAGCAACUUGGACCACGGCUUUUGUAUACAAUCUUCGCUUCAUUUUGCAUGCUGGCUGUGGUUUUUGUUAAAAGGAAUGUUAUCGAAACAAAAGGAAAAUCUCUUCAAGAAAUUGAGAUUGCUCUUCUGCCCCAAGAAUAGAGAGUUUAUCCUUUUUCGUCAUGUCCAUUGGUGGAUUAAAUUCACGUUGAUUGAGCAUAAAUACACUCAGUUGCAACAUAUUUCCAUAUACAGCACUCCAGGGGACAGCUCCAAGGAUCCAUCUUGCAGAGCAUCUCCGUAGACAGGGGACCCGACGGAAAAUAUUAUAUAUAGAGGUUUAUUAUGACGAACUCUGAUGUCCGAGCAAGUUUUGGUUUUUUGCUCGAGUUGAAUCUCUGAUCUGUACCAGAAUUUUGUGUUUUCCUGAAAAAUUAUCAAAUUACAGAUGAAUUUAAAAAUUUGUAUCAAGUAAGAAAUGUAUUUCUACUAA